CAGUCAUCCCAAAUCCAAUAGCCCAAGCGGAACGAUACUUACAUCAUAUGAAUCCGUUUCUAAGAGCAGGGAAAUGUUUCUUCAGACGAAGACCUGGCAUAAGACACACAGCAUCAGCAUUCGCAUCUGAUUCCAGGGAUGACAUCUGUCCAGUGAUGCAGUGGGCUAAAUGCAUGCAGCAUCAUUUGUCAUAGAGGCAGUGCUGAAAGGGACAGCUCGAGAUUUUGGGGCUCAGUAAAUCCGGCCUGUUAUUUGUAUUUACUUAUUCAUGUUUUACUGGUUCUAUAUCGUUCGGUGUUCACACUCGUAACAAGAGAUACGCAUGAAAUCGUAUUGGGAUUAUAAAUAAGGAGAAACAGACGCAACACGUUGUUUGCUGAUCAUCAGGAGCUCAAGGUGUCUUUCAGUCUUCAUUCAUGGGAUGACGUCUCAGAGUGUGUCCUGUCACAUCGCCCCCUGCCCCAUCUCCUGUGUCCCUCUUCUCUGUCCAUCUGUGGGGUCCUGACGCCAGCAGGGGCUCAUGAGACGCUUUGUGUACUGUAAGGUGGUGCUGACCACCUCUCUGGUCUGGGUGCUAGUGGAUGUCUUCCUGCUGCUGUACUUCAGUGAGUGCAACAAAUGUGACAACAAGAAGGACCAUUCACUCCUGCCUGCGCUCAGAGCGGUGAUGUCCCGCACCCAUGAGGCACCAGGUGAAAUGGGGAAGGCUGUGGUAAUUCCCAAAGAUGAGCAGGAGAAGAUGAAAGAGCUCUUUAAAAUCAAUCAAUUCAACCUUAUGGCCAGUGACAUGAUCGCGCUCAACAGGAGUCUGCCAGAUGUCCGGCUGGACGGCUGUAAAACCAAGACGUACCCCGAUGACCUUCCAAACACCAGCAUUGUGAUCGUGUUUCAUAAUGAAGCCUGGAGUACACUUUUGAGAACCAUACACAGUGCCAUUAACCGCUCGCCCAGACACCUGCUGCUUGAGAUACUACUGGUGGAUGAUGCCAGCGAGAGAGAUUUUCUUCAGAAAAAAUUAGUGGACCAUGUUGGGACUCUGGAGGUUCCAGUGCGAAUUUUAAGGAUGGAGCAGCGAUCUGGUUUGAUAAGAGCACGACUAAGAGGGGCGGCCGCCACGCGAGGACAGGUAAUCACCUUCCUGGAUGCCCACUGUGAAUGCACUGUAGGGUGGCUGGAGCCACUGCUGGCCCGCAUCAAAGAGGACAGGAGGGCUGUGGUCUGUCCAAUCAUUGAUGUCAUCAGUGAUGAGACAUUCGAGUACAUGGCCGGCUCAGAUAUGACCUAUGGGGGAUUCAACUGGAAGCUCAACUUCAGAUGGUAUCCAGUUCCUCAGAGAGAGAUGGACCGACGUAAAGGGGACAGAACCCUUCCUGUUAGAACUCCCACAAUGGCAGGAGGUCUGUUCUCUAUUGACAGGACUUAUUUUGAAGAGAUUGGCACCUAUGAUUCAGGCAUGGACAUAUGGGGAGGGGAAAACCUUGAGAUGUCUUUUAGGAUCUGGCAGUGUGGAGGAUCUCUGGAGAUAGUCACGUGUUCUCAUGUAGGCCAUGUGUUCAGGAAGGCCACACCGUACAGCUUCCCUGGUGGAACUGGUCAGGUGAUCAACAAGAACAACAGACGAUUGGCUGAAGUCUGGAUGGAUGAGUUCAAAGAUUUCUUCUACAUCAUCUCACCAGGUGUGGUUCGAGUGGAUUAUGGCGAUGUUUCUUCGCGGAAGGCUUUAAGAGAAUCACUGAAGUGUAAACCCUUCUCAUGGUACCUGGAAAACAUCUACCCCGACUCUCAGAUUCCACGCAGAUACUACUCACUCGGGGAGAUUAGAAAUGUUGAGACAAAUCAGUGUGUGGAUAACAUGGGCCGGAAAGAGAAUGAAAAGGUUGGCUUCUUCAACUGUCAUGGAAUGGGCGGAAACCAGGUGUUCUCAUAUACGGCUGACAAAGAGAUCCGAACCGAUGACCUGUGCCUGGAUGCAUCGCGGCUUAAUGGACCUGUUGUUAUGCUGAAGUGCCACCACAUGAAAGGAAACCAGAUGUUUGAGUACGAUGCAGAGCGGCUGACUCUGCUCCAUGUGAACAGUAACCAGUGUCUGGACAUGCCUUCUGAAGAGGAUAAGAUGGUUCCCACUCUCAGAGACUGCAGCGGCAGGCGAUCACAGCAGUGGAUCCUGAGGAACAUGACACUGAGUGUCUGACAGAGCCGGCAAUAACCAGCUCAGUCCUGAAUCUCAUCACAAACCACACAACAUGAGACCUGGAGUCAUGUCAUUUUCUGGUUCAUGAUCAAGUUCAGCAAGGCUUUGAUCUGAAGAACCACACACAGCACAUUUUCUGACCCAUUUGUGACCAGGCUUGUGUCUCUGUUCAUGUCUGGACUGCUUCCUUUAGCUCUCAGAUUAUCUAGACUGGGGUCAGAACACAGCCCAUGACCAGCUCUUGGUGAAGUUUAAACGCUUGCCGUCUCUGAUCUGAGCAUGUGUCACUGGCUACCUAAGCUGCUCAUCCUGUGUGGAAGUUCUGGUGCCUCUUAAUAUCCCACACAUCAUAUCUUUGACAGUAGCCCUUAUUUAUUUUUUUGGAGAUGGAGUGAUUGUGUCAGCUUCCACUGUACUGAAGUGCAUUUCAUUAGUUCAUGGAGGAUUUAUCUGUGUUGUAUCUACUUCUCUGAAUCUGAAUUUAGAUCAUUUUUUUUAAUGUAAAUUAGAAUAUUAGAAUAUUGUUUUUUUUUUUUUUUUUUUUUCAUUUUUUCAUUUUAAUACACUGCUUAAUUAAUAUAAUGUCAUAAUGCCUAAUGAAUCAAAAUAUCACCAUCAUCAUCAUCAUAUUAUUAUUAUUAUUAUUAUUAUUAUUAUUGUUGUUGUUGUUGUUGUUGUUUUAUGUUUUAUUUUGGGUUACAAUAAGACCUGAUGAUUCAUCCUUCAAGUGGUGAUUUUAUAUUUAAUAUUAAUUUAUAGAAAUUAAAAUGGUAACACUUUACAAUAAGGUUAAUGUUAGUUAACUAUUUUAGUUACCAUGAACAAAGAAUGAACAAUACUUCUACAGCAUUUAUUAAUCUUAGUUAAUGUCAACUUUAACAUUUACUAAUGCAUUGUUCAAAUCAAUAGUUGCGCUUGUUAACAUUAGUUAAUGCAAUGUGGAUUACAUGAACUAAAAACAAAUGACUGCAUUAGCAUUAAAUAUCGUUUACAAAGAAUAAUAAAUACUGUAAUAUAUUGUUCAUUGUUUGUUCAUGUUAGUUAAUGCAUUAACUAACACUGACUGAUGAACCUUAUUGUAAAGUGUUAUGACUAAAACAAAUUGGUAACACUUUAGAAUAAGGUUCCAUUAAUGUUAGUUAAUGUUUUAAUUAACAUGAACAAAACAAUGAACAAUAAAUUUAUUACUGCAUUUAUUACAUUUUGUUAAUGCUAGUUAAUGAAAAUACAGUUAUUCAUUGUUAGUUCACACUUAUUCACAGUGCAUUAACUAAUGUUAAAAAGCACAACAUUUGAUUUAAAUAAUGCAUUAGUAAAUGUUGAAAUUAACAUUAACUAAGAUUAGUAAUUACUGUAGAAUUAUUUUUCUUGCUUAGUUCAUGUUAACUAAAGUAGUUAACUACCAUUAACUAGUGCAACAUUAUUCUAAAGUGUUACCAACCUCCCACAUUCAUCAUUUCCACAAUAGAGCUGUUAUUAAUGGAUGGUCAUGGACACAUCUGUACAAAUUAUGAACUAGGCCUUUUUGACCAUUAAUGUACAUAUUAAAUGAAAUAUUUUUUUAAGAUGAAAUUCAAAAACUCCAGAGGAAAAAUUGUGUGAUACUGCUUGGUGUAUAUAAAAUAUGUUUAAAAAAUACUGUACAGCUCUAUGCAUUGCUACUGUAUGUACACAUCUAAUCAAUCCAAAAUGUUAUAUCAAUGUCUGUUAUAAUGCACUCAAUCAAUAUAAAUUCUUAGGGGGGUUUACAGAUUUGUAAUCUCUCUUAGUUAUUUGAUAAGUUUAACAUGCACAUGUUUAAUGCUUUCACAAAAUGAAUGAACUUAGUUAAAACUAAUUAAAACUGAACAUAAUUUUAAGCAGUUUUAUGAAAGUAUAACUUAAUAAUAUGAGCUAUUAUCAUCUUCACAUGCAUGUUACAGUCUGCACCUUUCUGUAUUUUUUCAGCUUCAUAAAAACUGAAAAUGCGUGACUUUGUACUGGUGUUAAUGUUAAGUGUUUGUACUUUCUUUUUUUAAAGUCUCAACUGACCUCAUGUUUAAUAGAUUAAUAACUGUUAAAUCUAAUAAACCAUUGUUGUGUAAUGUA